CGCGAGUCCGGUUUCCCGCGGGAGAAGCCGACCGCCAGGCGGGGAGGAGGCUGUUGCUUAUGACUCGGGCCCGGGUCGGGAGCGCGCUGCCAUCUCCGCAGUACCCGCCAGAAUGCUUCACUUGGAAAACGUGGUGCUUUGUCGCGAGUCCCAGGUGUCCACCUUGCAGUCCCUGUUUGGAGAGAGACACCAUUUCAGCUUUCCAUCCAUUUUUAUUUAUGGACAUACAGCCAGUGGAAAGACCUAUGUCACACAAACUUUGUUGAAAACCUUAGAGCUCCCACAUGUCUUUGUGAAUUGCGUUGAAUGUUUUACCUUAAGGCUGCUUCUGGAACAAAUUUUAAACAAGCUGAGUCAUCUUAAUUCUGCAGAGGAAGGAUGCACUACUCAAAUAACCUGUGAUACAUUUAAUGAUUUUGUUCGCUUGUUUAAACAAGUAACCAAAGCUGAAGGUCUGAGGGAUCAGACAGUGUAUAUUGUUCUGGAUAAAGCAGAGUAUCUAAGAGAUAUGGAAGCAAAUCUUUUGCCUGGAUUUCUUAGGUUACAAGAACUGACUGACAGAAACGUGACUGUUAUCUUUCUCAGUGAAAUUAUUUGGGAAAAGUUUCGUCCGAAUACUGGAUGCUUUGAGCCAUUUGUUUUGUAUUUCCCUGAUUAUAGCAUAGGGAACCUUCAAAAGAUCCUAUGCAAUGACCAUCCUCCGGAAUAUUCUGCUGAUUUCUAUGCUGCCUACAUUAACAUUCUUCUUGGAGUUUUCUACACCGUCUGCCGGGAUUUGAAAGAGCUCAGACAUCUGGCAGUACUUAAUUUUCCUAAAUAUUGUGAACCUGUGGUUAAAGGAGAAGCAAGUGAACGUGACACUCGUAAACUUUGGAGAAAUAUUGAGCCUCAUUUGAAGAAAGCCAUGCAGACUGUUUAUCUCAGGGAAAUAUCGAGUUCACAGUGGGAAAAGCUACAGCAAGAUGACACAGAUCCAGGACAACUGAAAGGUCUCUCAGCGUAUACUCAUGUGGAACUUCCAUAUUACUCUAAAUUUAUUCUCAUUGCUGCCUACCUUGCUUCAUACAAUCCAGCAAGAACUGAUAAGAGGUUCUUCCUUAAGCAUCAUGGGAAAAUCAAGAAAACCAACUUUCUAAAGAAACAUGAGAAGACAAGCAAUCAUCUCCUCGGACCAAAAUCUUUUCCAUUAGACAGAUUGUUAGCAAUUUUAUACAGUAUCGUGGACAGUAGAGUUGCUCCAACUGCAAAUAUCUUUUCCCAGAUUACCUCCCUAGUGACCCUUCAGCUCUUAACCCUGGUUGGCCAUGAUGAUCAGCUUGAUGGACCGAAAUACAAAUGCACAGUGUCCCUAGACUUCAUCAGAGCUAUUGCAAGGACGGUGAACUUUGACAUAAUAAAAUACUUGUAUGAUUUCUUGUGAAAACAAGCUUCAAAGCCAUAUGGACACUGUGACAAUGACUAAGCCAAGCUGUGUUCAUCCAACUCCUUAGCUGGCCAGGGAGAGGAGUUCUUUGGCUCUAUUGGAUUUGUCCAAACAGGUGCUGGCCCAGCAUGGAACCUGAUGAAAAUACUCUGAUUGGUCUGGGUGGAUGUGAGCAGAAGACUAUUUACCAGGGACCCUGGAGUAUUUGGAAGCAAUGUGUUAAUUAUAAACAGCAGGGUUUGAGCACAAUCUGUUCUACUCUUAAUGAUGUUAUCUUAACACUGAAAUUGCCUGAAACCCAUUUACUUAGAACUACAUUUUGCUCUGUGAACUAUCCCCUGUGCUUUGAAUGUGCCAGCAGCCCUUGUUUAUAUGCCCAGUCUUUUCACUUGCUCUCUGUAGGAGCCUCUGCAGUUGCUUGCCAAAGCAGAUUUUCCUAAGGCCACCAUUUUAAAAGAUCAUAGUUGGAAAAUAUAAUAAAUACAAGUUCAUUUUUAAAAUCUAAGUUUGUAUAUGCUUAUCCUUCCACUCUAAUUUUUUCAAAAGGCAAGGUAGUUUGAUCUGACAUAGAUCAACUUUCCAUCUCUAAGCCCACUUGAUAAACCUCACACAAGCAUGCUGUAGUUACCUGGUCACUCUUAAGUUAACCACCCAACUUAGCUUUUUAUCAGCAUGAUGCCUUUCUUUUUUAAAUCUCUUUAAGAGUUUUACAAUAAAAAUUUUCCCUGUUACAUCAGCUGCAAACCUUGGUUCUGAUUUUUCUGUUCUUUUUUUUGAAGAAGCUUUCUGUUAGCAUUUGAAUGCUUGAAAAUUGUUUUGAGCAGAUAUAAAGUGCUUAAUUACAAAGCCUCGUUUAAAUUUCAGUGGCAUUUUAUUCCUUCGUUCCUUUUUUGAAGAAAAAUUCUCACAAUAGGCACUCCCAGAUAAAAGGAAAGGCUUUUUAUGUAGUGAUUGUUUGACGCUAUCAGAUUCAAAGAAAACAAGUAGUUAACCACUUGCUUUUAUUUAAAGGUAUGAGUAGGGCAUUGGUUGUUGAUCCAAGUAGAGUGAAAUCUUUGACCACUUCAGUUUCUUCACCAUUUGUCAUGAUGAUGUUUAUUGGAUCAAUUGUGAGAAUUUUCAUUUUCUUUAUGUUCGAGUGUAAUCCAUACUGAAAGCUGUAGUCUUUGACAUCAGUAAUACAAGUCAUCCUCAUUUUCGGCAAGUGAGGUUGUAUCGUCUGCAUAUCUGAUGUCGUGUUCUUUGUAUAGUCCAACUUCUCUGAUUAUGAGUAUUUGCUCAGCAUAGAGAUGUAAUAAGUACUGUGGAAGGACACAACCCUGCUGCACACCUUUUCCAGUUUGCUCGGUUUGAAUGACUGCCUCUUGAUCUAUGUACAGGUUCCACAUGAACACUAUUGAAAGUGUUCUCGAAUUCCCAUUCUUCAUAAUGUUUGCCAUAAUGUUGCCACAUAGUUGAAUGCUUUCACCUAGUCAAUAAAACACAGGUAAACAUCUUUUUGGUAUCCUCUGCUUUUGGCAAAGAUCCAUCUGACAUUACAGUGACAUCCCUUAUUCCAUCUAAGCAUAAAACAAAAAUCCUCACAAUUGGGGCAAUAAAGAAAUAGAAGUUGUCAAGAAUUUCAUUUUACUUGAAUCAACAAUCGACAUCCACAGAAGCAGCAGUCAAGAAAUCAAAUGAUGUAUUGCAUUGGGAAAAUCUGAUGCAGAAGACCUCUUUAAAAUCUUAAAAAGCAAAGAUACAACUGAUGACUAAGGUGUGCAUAACCCAAGCCAUAGUAUUUUCAAUCCCCUGUAUACAUGGGGACAGCUAGACAAUGAGAAAGGAAGAGUAGAAGAAUUGGUGAAUUCAAGUUGUGGUGCUGGCAAAGAAUAUUGAAUAUAUUAUGGAUUGCCAGCAGAACAAACAGAUUUGUCUUGGAGGAAGUACAGACAGAAUGCUCCUUAGAAAUUAGGAUGACCAGUCACUAGAAAAGGGCAUCCUAUUUGGUAGAGUGUCAGCAAAAAAGAGGAAAAUCCUCAGUGAGAUGGACUGACACAGUAGCUGCAGCAUUAGGUUCAAACAUAUCAGCGAUUGUGAGGAUGGUACAGGACUGGGCGAUGUUUCAUUCUGUUAUAAAGUUGCUAUGAGUUGGAGCCAACUCUGUGGCAAUUAAUGAGUAGGGAGAGAAGGAAUCGAAUCCUAGGAUAGCAAGGGAGAACUUUCUUUCCCCAAAACAAAGUAUGACAUGUAAGAGUGGUAGCACAUCCUCCCUCUGAGUCUCCUGUCCCACAGAAAAUGGGAAGUUUUGUGUUUCACAAGAUGUUUGGAGAAGCCAGGACUAGGGAGAAGCCAUGUGCAGUGCAUGUUCAGGCUUAGGUUUCAUGAACAGAUAAAUCCAUUACCAUCAAAAUAGCAGUUUGAGUAGCUGAUUCAAGGAAGAGCAACACCACCUGGGGUAGUUUUCAGCCCCUCUUGGUUUGCUAUAAAGAGGCAUCUUUGCUGUAGCAGCCUGUCGUGGGUAGGCUGGAGCCAGUCUGGUCUAAAAACCCAUUGCCUUCGAGUCAAUUCCCACUCAUAGGGACCCUAUAGGACAAAGUAGAACUGCCCCGUAGAUUUCCAAGGCUGUCAUCUUUACAGAGGAGCCCUAGUGAUGCAGUGGUUAAGAGAUGGCUGCUAACUAAAAGAUGGGCAGUUC